AUUUCUUGUAAAGAUGUCUGCUUCUCGCAACGAUGUCGUCAAAAAUGUUAAAAGAAAGGAUGUACUGACUAGUGAGAAUGCUGAUGACCUGGCCCAAACUUCUGACUUAAGCGCAGUGAGUAAAAGUUUGUUCGAAAGUACCAAUUCUUCAAGAGGAGAGAUAAAAAUAACAGGAGACUGUUCGGAGCCCCUUUGGAAUCUUAUAGGAACUUCUAUUUGCUCUGUAGCCAACUCUGUUUCCUCUGGAAUCAGUGACAUAGCUUCUAAACUUGCCGGCUUUUCGACUCAGCCCGAGGAGAACUCUUCUUGCCCCGGAGAACAAAAGGAAAAACGUUUGGAAACUUUGGGAUCUUUUUUGGGAACUGGAACAAAUGCUGUGGUGAAAGUUACCGACGAGCUGCAGUCAUUGUCAGUAGAUUCUGAAAAUCUUGAUAAGUACGUGCUAUCGCGUAACGUUCUCGUUCAUGGACUGGAGGCGCUGGAAAAAAUGGGCAAAAAAGCAAUGAACUGCAUCGUAGAUGAUCCUCACUUUACUCACAAAGAUAAAAUAAUUACAAUGAAUUCUGGGGAGACUCCGCUUUUUUCAGCUAGUCAAGCCGAACUCAUCAGUUUUACUUCAUUUUUUGCGGGAAGAAAAGGCGAACUGAUUUAUCGAGACUUACAGGAAUUGAGCUUAAAAGCAAGUUCGCUCGCGCGGUCUCUACUAAAAGAUGCUAAUAAGGAAUGUCGGUGCCAAAUGGAUGAACAAAUGGAAGUUAUUUGCAAGUCUCUCUGCGAGGAAGAGGCCAUUGAAAAUGCCGAAGGAGUAAUUUGUUGGGAUAUAUUAGUAGAGUACAACAAAUUUAAGGAUAUUUUGGAGUCUUUAAGUAUUUGGAAUGACCUGCGCGAAAUUAUUAGAAAUGACGAGGAAAUUUUUGGAGUACAUGAAAAACAAAAACUUAUCAAAGAAAAUAAUUUUUGGAUGGAGUUUCAAGAAGAAGACGAAGCGACUCUUCUUUCUUUCUGUGAACGAGUGUUUAAAGAACUUCAUGAAACUCUAUGUCAAAGCUACGCUGCUUUAGUAGUUUCUGCCAUUAGACAAUUCCACCUCGUUCUUGCAGCUUUGACCAAUGAAACGCUUCGUUUAAACAAGUACACGAGCACGACUAAUUCCAGGCUUGAAGCUGUUAAAAAAGUUGCGUGCUUUAUAAAUCUUGUCAAAACUAUCCAUAUCUCAACCAUCAACUCUCUAACUACUUUGGCCGCAAAACUGAUAUACGCAGCGCAGAAAGAGAUGGCCAAGAGAGAAAACACUAGUAACGCGGAGACCACUGACACUGUGUUUAAUACAACCUCAACCAGUAUCUUCUUGGAGGCCGGCCUGGCAUCUGAAAAGAUAAGAGCUGCCCUUCAACUUUCCGUCCCCGUACUUCGCUUUUCCCUUCUUAAUUACUAUUUAACGUAG